CUGCAACCGCCCACCGCCCUGUCAAAAUUUUAUUGCUCUCAGCAAAAACAUGUGUUAUCAAGAGGUUUACUCCAUAACUUAGGAAACUUCCGCUGGUGGGCUGAAAAAAAAAAAAGAAAAAAGAAAAAAAAAAUCUCCUCCCUCAUUGUUUGUACGUCUGCACUGGAACUGGAGCCAAACCAGGACUGGUUGUAUAAAUGACUCUGCGGCUCAGAGGUCACAGCAGAACUGAGAGUAGCAUUCCAGGGUGAGAGGGAAACCUGCCUGAACAUUGAGUCUGAUUAGUCAUUCCUCUGAGCUCUGUAGCACUGCUUCAUCCACAGGCUCUCCCAACUCCUUUACUGCCAGCCAAGAACAGACUGACUCAAGGGUUUUCAGCCUCUUCCCAUCAGCUGACGGCAUGGAUUGUUUCAGGAGGAUAUCCAGUGUCAUCAUUUUCCUUAGUUUUCAUAUGCUACAGCUUGUUUGUGGGACAACAGUUAUACCAUUGUGCAAACCUGGAGAAAACUGUACAACUGAAAUGGUGAAAACAACUGAAAAUCCACAUGGGUUUACACUGAAGGUAUCAAAAUGUGCACCAGAAAUGAGCAACUACUGUAUUAAUGGUCAGUGCUUGUACCACGAGGAGGCUGAUGAACACUACUGUCAGUGUGAAAGAGGUUAUCUAGGACUUCGCUGUGCUCAUUCAGAACUUGUAAAGCAACCUCUCAAUGAAGAAUAUUUGGCGCUCAUCGUCUUUUUAACAUCUAUGUUGCUUUUAGUAACUGUCUUGGCUGUGUUCUUUGCACUUAAGUGGUACAGACUUAAGAAAUCUUCCCAGCCUGACCAGAAAUACAUGGGAGUCAAUACCCCACUUGCAUAGCAUCUUGGCUUUCUAUGAAGGUCAAAGAGAAAUUAGUGUUCCCAAAGCAGCUGGUGCUCUCAACAACAUUUAAUGUAAACUAUUCAUUUCGUGAGUUUUUGUAUUGUUCAAUAUUUAUAUAUUUAGAUUUAUUUUGUGCACUGCAGGUCAACCAUGACUUAUUAGUAUUGCUGUUAAUAUUGUUAUAUGUAUUAUUUGUGACCAUCACCUAAGAGGACAUUUGUAUGUAAAUAUUUUACAGAAUUUAAUUUUUGUAUUCCGGGUUUUUUUUAUGGAAUAUUUAUGUGUCUUUUUAUGUGUUGUAAAUUAUUUUGUAAUGUCUAAUGCCUGGAGUACGAUUGGCCACAGUUUGUUUAAUGCUUACAUUUUAAGCAUCGUUUGUACUUAUUGACCUAUUUUUGCUUAACUGAGUGCUGAUAAGAAGUACAAUAAAUAGGAGUUGCUUCUUAUUGCACAUUGUCUAUUUUUCAACCAGUUGGAAAAUCUCCCAGCAAGCAGAUCCUAAUUCUUUAAACUAAUGGAGAAGAGUGAAAAAUAAAAAGUACCACAUGGGAGCCAUAAUGAGUAGAGUAUUAUGGGGAGCUCAGGCACACAUUCGUCAUACAGUAUUAGCAUGGCUAGAUACAACCCAACCCAUCAUUUUUAGGGACUUACCUGCCCGUCUAUAGCAAGUCUAAAUGUUAUCCCAUGUCUAGAGUAUAAGAUGACAAAAUACACAGAAUAAUGUACAAUUUAGUUGUUCCUCAGUCAUAAUAUUUGUUACCCAAUUAUUGUACCUUUAAAAUUGUCCAUACCCUGACAGACUGAGUAACCUAAAAUAAUAAAAAUGUAGGCUGCCCUAUCUGCAGCACACCUGGGCCAUCACAGUGCUAACUGAUCCAGUCGGUGUGCAGAAAAAAAGUGUGCUCAUACAUGUACCACAUAGCAGAUAUUUGGAUGUGGGGGAAAGUUGAUACAUAGUUAGAUUAGGUCUAAAUUUACUUAAUAUGCAUGAUAAUCAGUAUGCCUAUGGACAUGUUGACUUAUGUUAAACACACGCAAUCAUUUGGGAAAAAAAAUCAAAAUAAUACAAAAAAAGCAAACAAAAAGAAACUCCUUUAAAAAGUAUUUUUAAAAUGGCAAUUGUGCCAGGCAUGCAGUGGUGCAUUUAUUAACCAUUGUGCCUGGUAAAACUAUAAAGGAGGGUUAUGGCAGAAAGCUGCUUGUUAAGGAAUGACAAGCCUGAAUCUCCCCUUGCUUUAAUCGUCAAGUAUGGAAGCAGUAGUAAUGGACAUACUGCAUGCCUGGAGAGAUUCUUUCUUUGGCACAGGGGAUCAGUAACGUUUUAACUAUUCUAGGUGGAAAUCAACAUGAUAAUAAUGAGUUUUUCUGGCUGUUCUAAGCAGAUCUGAGACACUGUUUUGGUUGCUUGGAUGCUUAUUGGUUUUGAAGUAAGUGAGGGUGAUUGCAUGUGCCCUAAGGUAGGGCAAAUUUUAUAUACCGUAUGUAAAAAAAAAAAAAAAAAAAGAAUGUACACUUUUUAAGCUAUAAUAAAAGCUUCUUGUUUCUUGUUUGUAAAUACUAUUAAAAUAAAUUGUAAGCAAGCAUUUAAAGGAAGCCUGUCGUGGUAGAAUUACAUAGGUUGCUGUAGCUUUUCUGCUAUAUUCUGUUUGUCAUGUUGAACCCCGGGCUUUAAUAUUUCCACUGAUCUUGAACAAGUAUGACCUGUACAUCCAUAUUCUCACAUGUACAAAUGCUUUGCUUUAUACACAUUCUGUUUUGUUUUUUCAUUUUAUUAUAAUAAUUUAAUGUUAUUAAAGACUAACUUGAUUCUUUGAUAGUUCAAAAAGCAAAAAGCACUGUAAUUAUAUUUAUUAAGCUAUCAAGUGACACAGUCUAGAUAAUAAGACAUUUUCCUAUAUGUUCAAUAUGCAUGUUCCCAGGGUUAGCUUUUAGGAAACAGCAAGUAGAAAAUAUGAGGUAUGUAAGUGAUCACCAAAAAGUAGUCUUCAGCUACUAUAAAGAUUAAUUAGAUCCUAUCAAUCAUGCUUGGAGCAUUAUUACAUACAAUGUAAUUGUGCUCCAGAAUAUGACUACAAUUUACAGCUUAUGCCAGCUAAGAGGCCUGGGUAAGACCCCAUUCAUCUAGAACAACCAUCCUCAGCCAUUUUCAACUGGGUUCCUCCAGAGGUUGCUAGUGGUUCUUUGAAAUGUGGCUAAUUAACAUUCCAUCUGCUGGUUCUUGCAUAGCUCCAUGGCAAACAUCACUUAACAGAGCCAGCAGCAUUACACCAAUCCUCUUUUUAGCUUUUUGUAUGGGUUGAAGUCUGACCACAACUGUAAGGAGGACAUUCUUUCAUCUUGCCACUAAUGUAAGGGACACUUUUCUCCCUAGCCACCAACGCAAGGGGCAUUCUUCCCACUGGUUUGAUUUUAGCAAGUGUUCCUUAAGACCUAAAAAUUAUUUCAAGAGUUCCUCUGGGGGGAAAAGGUGGAAAAAGGCUGAUCUAGGAGAUCUUUGAACUUGCAGUGCUAAGCAAUUUUAGAGAAGUGGUAGGUCUUGGAAUUUUUGCUAGCUGCCCUGUGAGUGACAUUUUCCAGUAUGGCACUGCCAAGACUGUAUGGCAAACUCUCAAACAUGUUUGAGGUCUGCGGAGCCUUAAAAGUAUUAAACUAUAUGUUAAAUUGAAUUUGACAUGCUUUUCUAGUGUAACCAUAAUGCUUUUUACAGCUCAGUUAUCAUAGUUGCAUUGCUAGAAUACUCUAUGAUUCUGUUAAUAAUAAACUAAUUUUAUGCAGGGACUGCAAUUCACUAAAACAAUCCAUGUAUGUAUGUUUUUUAAUAUAGUUUAGUAAUCACCUCCACAGGGAAGCAAUUAUUUGUGCACUGAUGCAAAAUUGAUGAAAAUUCAACAUAGUAAUCAUAUCUGUUAUGUUACAUGGGUACAGAAAGGUUUUUUAGGAGUUGGCCUAGAUCAAUGUACUUCUUCCAAGUCUCCUAUAUCUUCCCUUUGAUGUCACUUCCCUAUUCUUUGAAUCCUCCCACUAACUAAGCAGAGAUACUGAGAAGUACUAGGAGCAAUGGAUGACAAAUUACCAGGGCAAAUUUAUUUGCUCAAAGAUUGUGAAGUGGCAAUAACAUUUAUCAUAAUUAUAAGGGCCUGUUUUCAACAUAAUACAGUUUUCAUGUAACAAAACCGUACAAAUAGCAUUAAUCCAUAACAAUUAAAUGAAAAGUGUUUUGUAAUUGUUGCAAUAUGUUACUUUACAAGUUGCUUUUUUU